UAGUGGUUGACCCACCCAUUGCCCGAGUAGAAGCCGGACGUUCUCUUCCGUCACAUAUAUAGGGCACGACAACUGUGAACUGCCCCCGCCGUUUCGAACCUUUCUCCCCGCCCCCGGUUCCUGCCAAACCCACACCGCUAGGGUUCCGUCUGGUAUUCGCCGUGCCUGCAAUUACCUCGUAGCUUUUUUUUCUUCUUCUUCUGGAUUUCGCGCUCGCUGGAUUUUGUUUCUGGUGCGACGCACCAAUUAGGGUUCCGGACGGGCGUGAACGCGGGAUUUGAAUGGGUACGGAGAGGAAGAGGAAGGUGAGCUUGUUUGAUGUGGUGGACGAGUCGUCGGUCUCUGCUAAGCUCGCAAAGUCAGCGGCCAACGGUGGAGCAGCUGUUGGUACAGCCACCAUGUUCUCGAACGGGAUCACCCAGAGCGGCAGCAGCUCCGUCAAUCGGUGGAAUGGAAAGCUGUAUUCGCAGAGGUAUUACGACAUACUCGAGAAGAGGAAGACUCUCCCAGUUUGGCAGCAGAAGGAGGAGUUUUUGGAUGUCUUGAAGAAGAACCAGGUUAUCAUCCUUGUUGGUGAGACUGGGAGUGGCAAAACUACCCAGGUUUGGAUUAACUAGAUUUCCGAGUGUUUGUAUGAGGUGGAAUGCUAUAGUUAAUGAGAAUUGCUUGUUUUCAGAUUCCGCAAUUCGUUCUGGAAGCUGCUGAGUCGGACACUUCGGAUAAGAGGCGCAAGAUGCUGGUUGCUUGCACUCAGCCUCGUCGAGUGGCUGCAAUGUCUGUAUCACAACGUGUUGCUGAAGAGAUGGAUGUCAUCAUCGGUGAAGAAGUUGGUUAUAGCAUCCGUUUCGAAGACAAGAGCAGUCAUAAGACAGUUUUGAAGUAUUUAACCGAUGGUAUGCUCUUAAGAGAAGCCAUGACGGAUCCCCUGUUGGAAAGGUACAAAGUAAUAAUCCUUGAUGAAGCCCAUGAGAGAACUUUAGCAACAGACGUGCUCUUUGGCCUUCUCAAAGAGGUGUUGAGAAACCGUCAGGAUCUUAAGUUGGUGGUCAUGAGUGCAACUCUCGAAGCUGAAAAGUUUCAGGGUUAUUUUAGUGGGGCACCUCUAAUGAAAGUCCCUGGUAGGCUACACCCUGUGGAGAUAUUCUACACACAGGAGCCGGAAAGAGACUACCUUGAAGCAGCAAUUAGAACGGUUGUCCAGAUACACACAUGUGAAGGGCCUGGAGAUAUACUAGUGUUCUUAACAGGUGAGGAAGAGAUCGAAGAUGCUUGUCGCAAAAUUUCUAAAGAGAUUGGUAAUUUAGGAGACCAGGUGGGUCCUGUGAAAACCGUGCCUUUGUACUCAACUCUUCCUCCAGCCAUGCAGCAGAAGAUAUUCGAGCCUGCUCCACCUCCUUUAAAAGAGGACGGUCCACCCGGGAGGAAAAUCGUGGUUUCUACAAACAUUGCUGAAACUUCUCUUACUAUAGACGGGAUUGUUUAUGUGAUUGAUCCCGGUUUUGCCAAGCAAAAAGUUUACAACCCACGUGUUCGAGUUGAGUCCCUUUUGGUGUCUCCUAUUUCCAAGGCUAGUGCUCAUCAGAGAGCAGGUCGAGCUGGUAGGACGGCGCCGGGCAAAUGCUUCAGGCUUUAUACUGAGAGGAGCUUCAAUCAGGAUCUUCAGCCGCAGACUUAUCCUGAGAUAUUAAGGUCGAACUUAGGGAAUAUUGUUCUGACAUUGAAGAAGCUGGGAAUCGAUGAUCUAGUCCAUUUUGAUUUCAUGGACCCACCUGCACCAGAGACGUUGAUGAGGGCUUUGGAGAUGUUGAACUAUUUGGGAGCGCUGGAUGAUGAGGGUAACCUGACAAAGCUUGGGGAGAUUAUGAGCGAGUUUCCGCUCGAUCCUCAGAUGGGGAAGAUGCUGGUGGUUAGUCCAGAGUUUAAUUGCUCAAAUGAGAUCCUCUCUCUUUGUGCUAUGCUGUCAGGUAUAUCCCUUGAUUUCUCAUUUUGUGUUAUAUAGAUUUUUUUAUUGUGCUUAGCGUCGUCUGAAUUCUGGUAGCACAUGGUUGGGUUUGAAGAUCCAUUCCAUAUGGGCUUAUGCACAGUUUCACUGUGACUUUAGGGUGGAAGUUUGGUUUGGUAUCGGUAUUACCCACAGAAUAGGAAUUUGUGAAUAUAAAAUUACACUCCAUUUGCAGUAUUAUUCUAGUUUGAUGUUACCCAACUGCUUACCCAAAGUUCUCGGAUGAUUUAUGGAAAAGAUCAAAAUUUUGAGAAAUAAUGCUUUUAAAAAAUGAAGCUCUCUCUCCUAUGGCUUUUACGCCUAAUUAUUAAAUAAUAAAGUGAAAGAAUCCUGUAUUUUUCAAUAGUACUGAAUUACCGAAAUGCCAAAUGAAUAAAACCUAUAUAUGAUUCCACCAUAUGGCUUAUAUUGGGUAUUCCAUACCAAUCCCGAACUUCCAUCCUAACUGAGUCGGCUACCCUUCAGGCUCAUCAACUUCAUGCCUGUGUAGUACCACAAGCAUGUAGGUGAAGACGAUGUGUGCUCAAUUAGGUUGUGUCAUCAGCAACUCUUGUAUUGCUCCCAUGCCACCUCUUGUUGGCAUGCACCAUAUAGGAUUUUAAGUGCUGAUGCAGAUAGUUUGCAGUUUUCUCUCAGUAUUAUAUCAUCAUGAAGCAAAUGUUGUCGCGUCUUCUUCGCCUGUAAUGCGUCUGCUGACCAACCGUGGGCCUCUUCUGUGAUAACCCAAAAAUUCUUUCUUUAGUACCCAAUUGCUUUGUCCGCCCUAGGGAGGCACAAAAGGCUGCUGAUGAAGCCAAAGCUAUGUUCGCCCACAUUGAUGGUGAUCACCUCACUCUGUUGAAUGUCUACCAUGCAUUCAAGCAAAACAAUGAGGAUCCAUCAUGGUGCUAUGAUAAUUUCAUCAAUUAUAGAGCGCUGAAAUCUGCUGACAAUGUGAGGCAGCAGCUUGUGCGGAGCAUGUCAAGGUAUAACCUCAAGAUGUGCAGCACCGAUUUCAACAGCAGGGAUUACUAUGUCAACAUAAGGAAGGCGAUACUGGCAGGGUAUUUUAUGCAGGUUGCUCAUCUGGAACGUACUGGGCACUACUUAACUGUCAAGGACAACCAAGUCGUGCACUUACAUCCAUCGAAUUGUCUGGAUCACAAGCCAGAAUGGGUCGUGUACAAUGAAUAUGUGUUGACUAGCAGGAACUUCAUUCGGACAGUGAUAGACAUUCGUGGUGAAUGGCUUGUAGACAUAGCUCCUCACUAUUAUGAUCUGGAUAACUUCCCCAAGUGCGAGGCGAAGCAGGUUCUCGAGAAGCUGUACAAGAAGAGGGAGAGGGAGAAGGAGGAGAGCAGGAACAGAAGAUAGAUAUAAGAUAAUAAUGUCUGUUUGCAACCGAUAUUUGUGCUAGUCAGAAGAACGAAAAUCAGAGAAAUGGCAGUACGACCACGGAAAAGGCUCUUGGACCAUUUGAGUUUUGAUUGGUAUGAAUCGUCGUCGAUGAAUGCAAAUGAUUAUGCUACUUGUUUUUUGGUAGGUUGUUCUCAAACGAAACAGUAGUACUCUUAUUUCCUUGUCAAAAAAGAAAUGAAGGAUUGUUCAUUUGUUCCUCCAAAGUACAGAUAAUUAUUAUUGUGAUAUAGAUUUGUUUUAUAGUUGGGUACUAUUGUAUUGAAUGAAUUUGAAUCUGGAAUCUUCAAAUUAAAUAUUACUGGCAAUAUCACUAGA